GAGAGCGAGAGGGGGAGAGAGAGAGAGAGAGAGAAAGAGAGAGAGAGAGAGAGAGAGAGAGAGGGAGAGAGAGGGAGAGAAAACGCCGGGACGGAAAUAAGAUAAAGAAGAGGAAGACUGAUAGUGUUGUCUGAGAGAAGGACAGACGGAGGGACGACAGACACAGAGACAGACAAACAGACAGUAAGAGAGAGAGAGACAGGCAGGAGGAGGCUUUAACAUCUGUUAUCUGGGCCUGUGUGUGUGCGUGUGUGUGUGUGUAUGUGUGUGUUGGAGGGUGAUCAGCUGAUUGGACCACACACGUUGGAGGGUGGAGCCAUGAUGGGCAAGGAUUACAUGCUGGCCAUCCUCAUAGUCAACUAUGAUGACAACAUCUGGACAGACCAGAACCUCUUGCUGGACCCUGAUCUUCCUUCCGGCUGGAGAACCAUCAAAGAUUCAACAGGAACCUACUACUGGCACGUUCCCACUGGCGCGACCCAGUGGCAACACCCCAGCCUCAAUGGGCCGCCACAACUGCUUGACACUCAGCAGGAGGAGGCAGGACAGCAGAACUCCAACAGUGAGACAGAUGGACCUCCUGAGGCCAGGUCUUCGUGGCAUGAAGAUUAUCUCACCAACCAUGACCCCAACUCCAAGUGUUUUGCUGUGCGGUCUCUGGGCUGGUUGGAGGUGGAGGAGGAGGACCUGUCUCCUGGUCGCAGCAGUCUUGCUGUCAGUAAUGUCAUCCAGCAGCUGUCUCAGUGCAACAGUCCCGAGCACAGAGAGAGGCCAGGGGCCUGGGGAGAGGGUCGGGAGAUGAUGCUGGUUCUGAAGAAAGACACCCUGACCCUGUUGGACCCCUUAGACCACACCCCUCUGCACUGUCAGCCAAUCAUCAACAUCCGUGUCUGGGGGGUGGGCUGCAACAAUGGCAGGGACAGGGAUUUUGCCUUCGUGGCGGGUGAUAAAGACAGCUGUGUGCUGAAGUGUCACGUGUUUCGCUGCAACGCUCCGGCCAAAGCCAUCGCCACGGCGCUGCAUGAGAUGUGCUCCAAGAUGAUGUCGGAGAAGUCGCUGAUGAGGCCGUCUCGCUCUCUGACCAUGGAGAGCAUCUCACCUGAAGAUCUGCCCAGACAAGUCGAGUUUCUGGAGGCGGUCCGGCAGCAGGUCCAGAAGUUCCAGGUCCAGUACAUCGGUAACCUGCCGGUGUCCAGAGCGAUGGUCUACUGUGUUUGUGCAGGUAUGGAGGUGCUGAACCGAGCGAUAGAGAGCAUCAUGAACUCAACAGACAGAGACGAGUGGGAGCCGAUCGUCGUCCACGUCACUGACAACAUCCUGUCUCUGUGGAAGGGACAGGAAGGGGAGGAGCCUUUCUGGGAUUGUCAGGUACGUUUCCUCACCUUCCUGGGCGUCGGACACGACAGCCACACCUUCGCGGUGAUCGUGGAUGGCGGCACACAGCAGUUCGAGUGUCACGUGUUCUGGUGUGAACCGGACGCAGGGAACCUGUCUGAGGCCGUCCAGGCUGCAUGUAUGGUCCAGUACCAGAAGUGUCUCGUGGCUCAGACUCCUCCACCGAGGUCCAAGUCAUGGCGUGUCAACCCCUCAAAGGUCAAACGGGCCAACUCCAUGGACGGCGCCACCUUCCCUCCCCUGUCAUCCCGCCACCACGGCGGCAGCAGUAGCUCCAUAAUGAUGCCGAGGAUAACCAAGGGCAAUGGCAGCAGCAGCAGCAACGUGAGGAAGGGGAUGCUGGCGUUCUUCGAAACUUUCCGGAACAAACAGGCCGCAACCUCCUAAUGGUGGGGGCGGGACCAUCAGAGACAGCAGAGACCACCGAUCGUCCGGGGCUCAAAUGUCUUCACCAAGGCCGUGACGGUGUCUCCAGACCAUUGUGUGAUUGGCUGAACUCUGUGUGCAUGUGGUUCUGGUGGUCCGACCGGCUAAUUCUGCCGUCUUCACAUCACCAGCGACGCCUGGCCUUCUGUUUAUUAGACCAGAAAUAUACCCGUUUGAAUUUACUGUCGUGAUGUUCGUAUCACCUGUUGCUGUGACACCAUUGGUUAGCUUAGCUUAGCAAUGGUGCUGCUAGCUACCUCACUGCAGGCUGAGCGACAUGAAUAAAGAGAAGAGGCUGUGAAGGACCAAGCCAGGAUCAACGAACUGGACAUACAAACACGUCGCACUAGAGCAGAUUGAAGACGCUGACCAGUCACUCGUCCACCAACACCUCCUCAGCUACCUGUCAGACAGAUCAGCAGAGCUGUGGAGAAUCAUUUUACCCAAAACUAAUAGAGAAAACUGAAACAUAAAAGACAAACUGGCUGGUGUGAGGACAGUAAUUAGAUAAUACUACUCAGGUAAUUGGGUCAGAGUUAAAUAUUAGAAGAAGAAAUAGAAUAUUGAAAGACAAAAAUAACUUUGGGGAAAUGAUAAAAGGGUGUGAGAUUUCGCUUUAAAGGGACAGUUAACCUACAAAUCAAAAAUACACAUCUGUCCUCUCACCUGUAGGGAUAUUUAUCAAUCGAGAUUGUCUUGAUGUGAGUUGUGCGACUUUGAAGGUAUUGAACUAGAUAUCACUUAACUUGUGGUGCCACAAAGCAGACAAACAAACAAAAAAAUGAUUUGAAUAACCAGCUAUGCGCCUUUCAAGAAAUCAUGACCUGGUCUUUUACAAGAUAAUCCGGGACAAAACUAUGUCACUCUGUGCUAGUGCCAGUUCAGCACUUAAAUGGCUCCAUGGGCAAGUUAGCAACAAUGCAUAAUAUGCAACAUCCAGUUAGACUUCUGGAAUGUAAUAUAUGUUGUCAAAGAGUCACAGUUUGGUACCAAAACUGCCUGGUUUGGGUUAGGAUAGUUGAAAUUUAAUUAGGCGUACAGGAGGAUAAAACUUUUCAUUAAUUAAUUCAUUAAUUUGUUGAGCAUCCACUUGAAAUCCAAUUAUUUUUCCAGUUCAACAGAUCUCAGAGUUGUGAAAACCCGUAGAAUGUACUGAAAAGCAUACGAGUGGAUGGUCUUUUAAGGUAUGAAUUGAAGUCAUGUGUUCGGUUUUAAAUGUGUUCUGCACCUUGAGACUCCAGGACCACUGUGGACAUGAAUAAAGCUGAGCUGUAAAGUUCAUGAGGCAUCUUCAUGAGCAUGAACCCCUCGUCCAUCAGUACAUGACUGCUUCCUCCUGUGCUGGUUUAUGGGAAAAAAAGAAAGCCCAUGUGAAACUGCUCACAGCCUGAUCUGUGGACAUAUGGAGGUCAUAAUUUCUGGAAAGAGAUCCGUUUUUGUCUGUUUGUUUGUUUGUUUUUUCUGCUGCUUAGAGCACCACAAGCCGAGUGCCAUCCAGGUCCAUUAUAAUCGAGAGAAGGCAGACAAAAAUAUGUGUUUCUGAUUUUUGGGUGAACUAUCCCUUUUAUCAGCAAAUAGCUUAUAAAUAAUUAAUCAACCUUGUGUCAUUAUACUUUUCCCAACCCUUCACUGUCAUAAAACACAAACUCAGUUGAAUUUGUGUCCGAUUUCUCCGUACAUUUUUCCUUAUAAUGACUGAAACUUAGAGAUAAGAUAGAGAAGAAAAGCAUCUUUCCACACUGGAUGUCAGUGUCAGAUAUGUAUCCUGUAUGUAUUCGCUUCAAGCUUCAUGUGUAGAGAAAUGUUACAGUGUGAGAUUUUUAAAGCUGCAGUAAGAGUUUCUGUCCAGCAGAGGGCAGAAACACAAACACAGAAAUGAGUCUGAAAAAACUGAUGUGAUGUUUAUGAACUUACUUGUUUCUUCUUCCAUGUUCAUGUCAUGUCGGCAGGCCGGUGGUUACCAUGGUUACUGUUCUCGUGCUCCUUCACAAGUCAAGAUGGCGCCUGCCAGAGAGACAGAAUCAAGAGUCUCUGUAUAAGUUAACAUGUUUAUUCAUAGAGAACAUCUCAUUCACAGAUUUGUAAGGGCCACUGGAAAAUAUAUCUGAGAUUACAUCAAUUUCUUUUAAUAACAAUUUUAUAUUUGGCAUUUCUAGCCUUUAGUAAGCAACAGAAGCAGGCAGGAAACAAGAAAGUGAGGUAUGGUAUGAACCACAACAAAGGUUUCCAGCUUCAAUGGAAGCUGGACUUUUGCACUGGAAAUUAUAGGUCAUUUCUUAAAGGAACAGUCCAUCCAAAUAUGACAAUUCAGUCAUUAUCUACUCACCCCAGAUAAAGUCAGGGGAAGUUUUGUAGUCCACAAAAUGUUUCUAAAGCUUAAACAGUGUUGAGGCAUUCUCAAACGACUAAGUAGAUGGGGACUUUUUUUAAAACUUAAAAAACAACCAAAAAAACAACAUGAAAUGGUUCCAUACAGCUCAUCCUGCAUAAUCCAAAUCUCCUGAAGCCUCAUGACUUGAAAAGACAAUUUACACCCUUUUUAAAAUCGGAAUGGUCACUUUUGCUGCUAAACUAAAAGCGUUAGCUUGAACCCAAUCUGAGGUUAUGACAAUUUCACGUUAGCUGAUAAACUAGCUAAUGUUGCUGAUGCUAGCUAGCAAACUUGGUUCCUAAAUAGGCCUGUAUGUUGGUGUUAGAUGUAUCAUAUUAGCUUUUGUGUGUUAGCAAUGUUAACGUUUGCUAGCUAGCAUCAGCAACAUUAGCUAGUGCAACAAACUGCAACCUCAUGAUGAUAUGAACACGUAAAUGCGAUAAAAGGGGGAGAUGGAAUUACCCAAUUAGUAGCUGAAUAUUAUCAGUAACUCCUUUAAGUUUUUUUUAUGUUUUGAACAACUCUCCAGCUGCUUCAGUUGUGUAGAGGAACGCUGCAACAGUGUUUUUGCUGCAAGACUCCAGAAAGAUUUUGUGGACUACGAAACUACAAGACUGAAUUUUGGAUGAGCUGGUCGUCUAAAAGUGGCCUGAUACUGCAUCACUUAUGAAGCAGUUCAAAGUGUUCUGGAUCAAAAUUAAUAAAAUAAGAGAUAUGAACACAGAGUAAUACAAAAAUGAGACAUUGUAAAAAGACAGAAAGACAAGUAAGCAGGAAAAAGCUGAAGUAUGAAAGCGUUCAUGAUCCAAGCAGCAUUAAAGGAAUGGUCCAACAGUAUCUGACCUGCAAACAGUGAGAGCUCGUAAACGCCUCCUGAACUGGUCAUUAAACACGCUGCAAAGGAACAAACAUUUAUUUACAUUUCAUUUUAAUAAAAAAAAGUCAACAACAGUUUGACACUUUGACUUGCGGUUUGCAUGUCAGGCACAAAUGACUGCAUGGAAGGUCAUUGAAAAUAUCCUGGAAUGAUUUCUUGAGGAACUUUAAAGUUCUCAUCAUUGUCUGAUAGCUUUAUGUUAUUGAAUGUACAGACGGUGGAGAUGUUCACAAAUAUAUAUAACUUACUAUAAACAUAUAUAAUAUAAACAGACAGUGACGGUCCAGCUGCCUCCUGAUCGGCUGAAGCACCUGUAGAUAGAAGCUUUAGUAUGUUUCAUGUCAGUAGGAACAAUCAGUGAGAGGUUUGAAUGUGUUAAUACAACAACAGAACUAUAUUUCAGAGUCCAAACUGUCCCAGACGUCGUAGAGAAACAGUCAGUUUGCCGCUCCGUGUGAUGAAAACAUGUCUGGUUAUCUUCAGUAAAAACUUUGGCACAAGAGAAACCAAUGAUGUCAUGUAUAAAUUAACCAAAAAAUGUAAUAAACAGAUGAAAUAUU